GGAAGGCGGAAGUUUCCACCGAAACAUGUCAAGUGUGCUCCUGUUCCCCCCGCUACCCAGCAGGCUACGUUACCUGAUCCACAGCACCACAGAGGACAUACCAGAGCUCACCACCUUCUCAGUAGGGGAGAGCUGGUGUCGGAGGGUGGUGGUCUGCUAUUCUGAGCUCAGGGCUGAGGUCGAGGAAGAUGGUGACUGGGAGAGCAACAGCAGCUUGUGUGCAGAGCCCCUAAGAAGCAGGGAGGAGAUGGACGGCCAUGCCAGGCCUAAAUCUUCAAUCCCAUCGCGAAGCCGAGGACCUAAGAGGCCGGACAAACCCCUUUACAUGCCACGAGCUGCUCGGGAGAGACUGUGCUUACAAAACUCACAAGGAACCACAGGAGACCAAGAGUUGCCCAGUCCGGCCUCAAGUAGCUGUAGCUGCAUCAGCAGCUCAUCUGACUCUUGUUUAUGCACCGAAACUACAGAAAAAACAAAGUCCUCAUCCACACCCAGACAGGAAUGUCUCCCCAGUGUAGCGGAGGGUGUCCUCAACCAUGUUGCUGACAGUUCAGCACUCAUCUGGGAACAGACUGUGUCCUCUCUGGCUGACAUGGCUCUGGAGGAGGAUGAGAAGGACAAGGAGGACACAUGCACAGACACAGAUGAUGUAACUGAGGAGAUCAAGGAACAUCUUAAAGAGACGGUGACCUUUUCCAUUCAGCACGUCCACAAUGACUACUCCAUUUAUGAGAAUGUGUGUACCAGCCCAGAUAAGUUUCCCCACGUGAUUGAGAUCUACAACUUCCCGGCUUUUUACAAAACAGACGAUCUCCUGGAUGCCUUCACAGAGUACAGUGAUGGUGGACUAAAGAUCGAGUGGGUGGACAACACACAUGCCCUUGGGGUUUUCUCCAGUGAGACGGCAGCACUCCAUGCCCUUUCCAUCUGCCAUCCAACACUGAAGGCGAGAUCACUGGCUCAAGGGAGUAAAAGCGCCAUAGGCAAGGCCAUGAGACGGGCAGAGUUUAUCCAGCCAGUGAAGGAACGUCCUAGGACAGACUGUGCUGUAGCCAGACGGAUGGUGACCAGAGCCCUGGGGCUGCAGGGACGAGGCAGAGUGCAGCGAUACUGAAGGGAAGUGAAGACACUGCAGGCUAAUACAGAAAGGGCCAGCAGAGGUCUGCCUCCAUCCACUGGCCCUCUGUAGAUGCUCCACAGUGGCUACAAACAGCUAGCUGAUCAUAAAGCGUGACUGCCGUCAAGCACUGUUUGCCUGUUUCACUGAUUGGUUCAGCAUGUCUGUGUGAUGGAGAGCGUCACACAUCAGCGACACCACCCUGCUGAAGUGUCCUGCUGACACUUGUUACAUUGUGUACUGUAGUUACAGCCAGAUUUUUAUAUAGAGUACACAAAUCAACUGACAAAUGUAAUGUACAUCAAUUAACAGAAUCCGAUCUGUUAAAAAGAUAACACUCAGUAUUGUUUUCAAAAGCCAGCAUCUCAAAGAAAAGAAACACACAUGUAACAGCAGUGUCAUGCUGGACCCAGAAAUAUAUUUUCUAAUGUUUUAGUUCAUUUUAAAACUUUGUUGUUGAAAGAUGUUCAGUUGUUUUUUAAUAUUUAUUUGUUUCCUUUAAAUAACGCAAAACUACCUUUUAGGAUUGUUGCCUUUUGUGUUCAUUCUUUCUCUCCACAUGACAGAAAACCAGAUGACUUCAACUAAAGUUUGAGCUUUGAAAUCUUGGAAGGUUUGGCCUUUUUUACCUGUUACUGUACUGUCGUUUUGUCCCAAUCUUACCUCUGUAUAGGGUGUGUCCAAAAAUGCCACUAAGAGAAAAUUAUAUAUUGUUUGUAUAUAGUAAAGAUGUUGAAUAAUUUAUUUUUUGUCAUACUAAAAUGGAAGGUUUUCCUGAAAUUAUCUCUUGUGCCUGAUGUGGGAGUGACAGGACUUGUUCUAUGGUAUGUCUCUGUGCAUUACCAGGUUGGAUACCUGUAGAACUUCACUGAAUCCCUUGAUUCAUUUCAGGGAAAAGGAGACUUGAUUGCAGCAUUCAAUACUGCAUAAUUUAAUGACAAUAUGAAAACUACACAUGGUGUCUAUUGAUUUGUUGUAUUAAAGUUUCAGUGAUGUAAAAUUUUGAGUAAACAUACAGUACAGCUAAAACGAGUUAGGACAGUAACACUUUGUGCGUUGUUUGCUUUACAUCAGCAUGUUACAUUUAAAAUGAAAGAAUAAUAAUAUCUUAAAAAUGUUAAAGCCCUGACUCUAUCCUCUUUAACAUAUAUAUGUUUUCUUUAUUUAAACAUAAAUUGUCUACAAAUUGUC